GCCAAGACGAGCAAAACAGACCCUAAAUGUCAAAGUGUCGAUUCCUUGGAAACAGCGGAUGUGUUUACUGGUGGACGAUCUACGCGACCACGGAUUCGUCACUCCCGUCUUGUUGAUUUUCUUCUGCUUCGCUGAGCCGAGCCCGAAGCGGGCGAACUCCCCGCGGGCGUUUCCUUGUGGCACAAUGAGUCAACAGGGCAAGCAGUAGGCGUGGGUACCAUCCGCCUGACAUUAUACACUCCCGUCUGGCCGCACUACUGACUACAAGGGUUAUUUGGUGAGUGGGCAUGCUCGUAUAAGCGAACGUACAGACGUCUGCUUGUGUCAUCACAUUCACAGAAGGUCUCCUGGGGGAAAACGUAGACUUCAUAAGGCAAGUUUUGGACGACAGAAGACCAGGAAACGUUCCCCAUUUUAACAGGCGAAGUAAACAGGUGUAAACAAACAUGUCGCCCGACAACAAGUUGGUGGCCAUCUUGUUUCUACUCUACGCGAUGCGUGACGCAGGUGUGAGUUACGGGGUGGAAGGACAGUGUACAACAACACCAAGUACAUCAAGUUACGGUGGUUCAAAGAAGAUAAUCUUCCCCCAUCCUCGCAGCAUCAAAAAUUUCGCCCAGCUGAACACCACACUCCGGGAGGGUUUGGGCAAUUUUACCCUUUGUGUGCACAUGCGCACAAACGACACCGAGGGCUCCUUGGUCAGCUAUGCAACAGAAACAUCCUCUAAUGAGAUAUUCUUUGAAGGGUGGACCGACGAAAAGGAAAAAGGUUAUAAGUUCCUCGUGGCAGGCAACCCUUGGCCUCAAGAACGUUCAAACUUCCAGUGUUGGACGGUAGCUGGCACGCAGUUUGUGCAACGUGGCAGAGGGAAGACGGGGGAUGGGGAAUAUACGUCGACGGUAAACUCAAUGAAUCAGGCUCGGGCCUUAGCAACGACAUAGGAAGAGUCAUAUCAAGCCCAGGAACUUGGAUCCUUGGACAAGACCAAGAUGGUAAUGUAGGUUCGAAUUCCUUCGACGUAAGACAGGCUUUCAGUGGAGAAAUGACGAGAGUAAACCUCUGGGACCGCGUGUUGUCUCCAUCAGAGAUUGGGACGAACUGGACCACGUUCUGUAGUCACCAAGGCAACGUCAUCAACUGGUCCAACACCGAGAUUCACGUAUGUGGACAGGCCAGCUUUGCCGAAUAUGAGUACUGCGAACAAUGGAGCACCCAAGAACCAACUAACGAAGCAACAAUUUCAACAACGCCGGCCUCGACAUCUGCUCCUCCUGCCGUGAUCACAGACAAACAACUAUUACCAGUCAAAGACAGGCCUGUUCAAGACUGCCCAGAGCGAUUCGAAGAGAAAAUGUGGCCUAAAACAGCAGCAGGAAUUGUGAACUCACAAGAUUGUCCAGAUGGCACCGUCGGCACGGCUCGGCGGAAGUGUGGUAUAGACGGUGAAUGGGAGGAGCCUGACCUGAGCGACUGUACGUCACCUUGGGUGGGCGAACUGCGGAACCUAGUUGAGCAGGGAGGACCGGCCGGGGAUGUCCUCUCCCUGGUGAAACAGAACCUGGCCCAUAAUGAUAAGGUCUACGGCGGCGACGUGAUAAAAAGCAUCGGUCUGCUCGGUGACCUGGUGGCAAUACAGCAACAGCAACUUAGCAACGUUUCACAGGAAGAGAAGAAAGGCAUUGUCACCAACUUUACUAAGACAAUGGUAACAUGCGGCAGCACCAUCCUGAGCACCAAACGAGGUGACGCCUGGAAGCACAUUCCGAAGGACAGACAGUCUGGUAUUGCGUCAGGCAUCAUGGACAGUCUGGAGAAGACAGGCGUGCUCAUGGCAAAGUCGGCUCCAAACGACACAAUCUCUAUCUCCGAGAAAAACGUUGUGAUGGACAUACGUUCUGGAUCCAAAGAGGAGACAGUAGCCUUCCCCGACCUGACGGCGAGCGAAUCGUCCGACUGGAGGGCCGUCACAGACAAAAUAACGCUCCCGAAAACAGAUCACCAAGUGGUCGCUGCGCUCUAUAGCUCCACGUUGGGAGACUAUCUCAAACCCAACGAGACGGAGAAGAUGAUCGUCAACUCUCGGGUUAUUUCGGCAACGGUCGUAAACGAGAACGCGACGACCUCGCUAGAUGGCGUUGUUACCAUCGUAUUGGAGCAUGCCAGCGAGGGCGGGACAAUUAACGUAUCAACGGCCUCUUGUUCUUUCUGGAACUUCUCUCUUGGUGGGUUUUGGUCCAACGACGGCUGUACAAAGAUCUCGGAGAAAAGUAACUUGACACAUACAACUUGUGAGUGUACCCAUCUCACAAACUUCGCCAUACUGAUGGCAGUCACAGAACAAGAGCAUUCCGAAGCUUUGAAUGUCAUCACGUAUGUUGGCUGCAUCAUCUCCAUCGUGUGUCUGUUCUUGUGCAUCUGUGUAUUCCUGGGAUUCAGACGGGUCCGGUGUCCCCGAACCAUCAUCCAUGCAAACCUGUGUUUCUGUCUGCUUGCUGCUGAAGUGGUCUUUCUGGUGGCUGUCAAACGAACGGAGCCUAAGAUCGUUUGUGACGUGAUCGCCAUCGUGCUUCACUACCUGUUCCUGGCCGUGUUCACCUGGAUGUGUGUGGAAGGAGUGGAGCUGUACGUCCUGCUCAUCAAGGUCUUCAACUUAAAGAAAAAGAGGCUGAUCUACUAUCACCUCGUCGGUUACGUCACGCCUGCCAUAGUGGUGGGUGUCUCAGUGGCAGUUGAUUACUACGUCUACGAUAUGAACGGUUAUGGGACAGACAAAUACUGCUGGUUGUCGGUUACAAACUACUUCAUCUGGAGUUUCGUGGGUCCAGUGCUGCUGAUAAUUCUGGUAAACUUGGGAUUCAUGGUCAUGACCUUGAAGGUGAUCUACUCACAGAAAUCAAAUAAGAAGGGCGAGAAAUCGGAGCAAGGACAGAAACUCAAGUUCUGGAUCCGCGUGUCUGUGGCCUUGCUGUGUGUGAUGGGUGUGACCUGGGUGUUCGGUGUACUAUCCAUCAGUGGGGAGACCGUAAUGUUUGCCUACAUCUUCACCGUCAUUAACUCCUUCCAAGGCCUGUUCAUCUUCAUAUUUCAUUGCGUACUGAACGAAAAGGUCCAGGAAGAAAUGUCCCGCCAUUUUGGUCCAUGCACGUGCUGCAAGACAAGGACAACAUACGACUGGCGUUCUUCACAGUCCACAGUCACAAAUUCGCGCCGACAGAACGGGUCUAGCCAACAGGAUUCAUCAGGUCCCAGAAGCACGUAUCUGUUCACUCAAGAUAGCGGGGCGACGAAGGGGACACUGACACUGGGAGGCAGCAACAUGGACGCCGGUCACUUCCAGCAGGAGACCUGCCUGUAGUCACGGAUGGUUAACGGGACCGUCUCGAUCCUCCUAGGUCGUGCAAUUGCGAUGUACACAAGUCGUAAAAAGCCCAAACAUUUUCGUUGACAAGACAGCUGCUGUAUUUUGUACGACACAUGCACCACUGUCUUAACUUGUUCUAUCUGAGGGGCCCAUAUAUAUGGGUUGCACAUACAGUACCAUCUAUCUAGCAUCCUGUAUACAUGUAUGUACGAUUUGGGGGUGUUUCUCGUGCAACGCAUCACACCGCAGGGUAAAAAAAGUCAAGGGUCUGUGACCUGAUUAAGACAAUAGACAAUCAUUGUACAUGUAAAUUAAAGAACAUAUAAAAAAUAAUAAUAGACGGUAUAAUUUAAAUACAUGGAACUAUUUUUGAACGAGUAUCUGGAAAAUUUCUUUGCUUCAGGCAACAUUUAAUAUCAGGAAAAGUAUAUAAGUUGUAUUAUUGCGCAUAUCAGGAAAAUAUUAUAAUUGCGCCAUGUAACAAAGCAUAUUCUUCUUAAUAGAUUGAUGUUACUACAGACUGUAUAUAAGAUUAAUACUAGUUUCACUAACCAUUUUGUAGUUUACAAGAUAUCGUCUGUCAUGUGAUCAAGAUUAUGUAAUGAUAUAUUGAUAGACAAUCACACUGCAAAGAUACUAGUAGUUAGUAACUCAUGAUCAAGACCGAUAGUUGAUAUUCCAGACUGUAUCAUUCUUUAAUAGCGGAUUUCAUUUAACUUAAAAGUGCUACAUGUUACCAGAUAAUAAGAAUCUAGACAUAUCUGUAUAAAUCAAUUUUUUUCUACUGGCUAACACAAGAUGUGGCUGGCCUGUUCAUUCUUUAUAAUAUAUUGAUAUGAACCGUAUAGUUUUGCAACAAUUUUGCAACCUUUUGCGGGAUAACAAACAAAGGUAUGCAGUGGAACGCAACAAUAUUGUCAUCAUGUUUAUAUGCUUCAUAUGUUAUUUGUGAACCUAGCCAAGUCAAACACAUAUGUAUCAUUUUACCGCCUUAUCAUUUUGUAGCCAUAUAUAGAUUAUAUAUUUCUGUACAAAUAUAAGUUUUAUAACAUAUGAUGAUUAGUUUUCAAUAAGUUUCCGAAUGCGAUAGAUACCACGAGGAUUUGAUACUAACGGCUAAAGUCAGACCCCUAUAACACUGUCCGGGGCCCUAGCGUUCAUUAUCAACGAUUAUCAAAUCUUUAAAUAGUAUGUUCAUAUGUUAAAGAAGGACGUAAUAAAAGUAUCA